AUGUCCGUGAAUAUUUUUGGUGAUCAAGUAACUGAAGAAAGAGCUGAAAAUGCCCGUCUUUCAGCGUUCAUUGGGGCCAUCGCCGUCGGUGAUCUUGUCAAGACCACUCUUGGACCAAAAGGGAUGGACAAAUUAUUACAAUCAGCAUCAUCAGAUAGCUCAUUGAUUACCAACGAUGGGGCCACAAUCUUAAAAUCGAUUCCUCUUGAUAAUCCAGCUGCAAAAGUGCUUGUGAACUUGUCCAAAGUCCAAGACGAUAAUAUUGGGGACGGUACCACUUCUGUCACCGUUUUGGCGAGUGAGUUAUUGAGAGAAGCCGAAAAAUUAAUCAACCAAAAGAUCCACCCUCAGACAAUCAUUGAAGGUUACAGAAUUGCUUCCAAAGUGGCGAUUGAUGCGUUAGAAAAUACUGCGAUCGAUAAUGGUACCGACGCCACAAAAUUCCGUGAAGAUUUGAUUAAUAUUGCCAAGACCACUUUAUCGUCCAAGAUUUUAAGUCAAGAUAAGGCGCAAUUCGCCGAGCUUGCCGUGAACGCUAUCUUGAGAUUGAAGAACAAUGUUAAUUUGGAACAUAUCCAAAUUCUUAAGAUUGUUGGUGGGAAAUUGGCCGAUUCUUAUUUGGAUGAAGGGUUCAUUCUCAACAAGAAAUUCGGGAUCAACCAACCUAAGAAACUCGAAAAUUGUAACAUUUUGAUCGCCAAUACAUCAAUGGAUACCGAUAAAGUCAAGAUUUUCGGGGCGAAAUUCAAGGUUAAUUCGACCGCUAAAUUAGCAGAACUUGAAAAAUCCGAAAAGGAAAAAAUGAAGGCUAAAGUUGAAAAGAUCAAGAAGUUUGGCAAAGUAAACUGUUUUGUUAAUAGACAAUUGAUCUACGAUUAUCCUGAAGAACUUUUAUCCGAUGCUGGUGUCAGUACAAUCGAGCACGCUGAUUUCGACGGGGUUGAAAGAUUGGCCCUUGUCACCGGUGGUGAAGUGGUUUCUACAUUCGAUCACCCAGAAAAAGUCAAGUUAGGAUACUGUGACUCCAUUGAAGAAAUCAUGAUUGGUGAAGAUCUUUUCACCAAGUUUUCUGGGGUUAAGGCCGGUGAAGCUUGUACCGUGGUGUUGCGUGGUGCCACCGAACAAGUCCUCGAUGAAGCAGAAAGAUCUCUCCAUGAUGCUCUCAGUGUACUUUCUCAAACAGUCAAGUUCACCAAGACCGUUCUCGGUGGUGGGUGUGCUGAAAUGAUCAUGUCUAAAGCGGUCGAUCAAGUUGCUUCCAACAUUGAUGGUAAGAAAUCCCUUGCCGUGGAAUCUUUUGCUAAAGCUUUGCGUGAACUUCCAAUCAUCUUGGCCGACAAUGCUGGGUUCGACAGUAGUGAACUUAUCACUAAAUUGAGAACCGCCAUUUACGGGGGUUUGCUCACUAGUGGAUUGGAUUUGAAUAAUGGUAAGAUUGCCGACAUGAGAGAGUUAGGAAUUGUUGAAAGUUAUAAAUUGAAAUACCAUGUGGUUAACAGUGCCACAGAAGCUGCUGAGGUUUUACUUAGAGUGGAUAAUAUCAUCAAGGCUAAACCAAGAACUGCUGAUAGAGCUCAUGGGCCAAUGUGA